CAUCUCUUACACAAAAAAAAAAAAUAAAAUUAAUUUAGCCCUACUAGUAGUAUGAUAAUGAUAAUGAUAAUGAAAAUAAAAUAUAAUAAGGUUAUAUAAUUAGGGCUUUGCUUUGCUUUGCUUCUUAUUUAACCCUCCCUUCUAUUCCAUUUUCUCACUUGUCAUUUCUUUCAUUCAUUCAUUCUACCUCGGGAUCUGAGCCCGAGCUUUCUUUUUCCUCUCUACCAAUAAGAAAUUGAGUAGGAGAAUAAAGUACAAAACAAAACUGACCACUAUAAAAUUACUCAUAUUGUUUUAUUCGUUUCAAGUUGGACUGUGUGAAGAUUGUUGCACUGAAACAGCUGAGCAUAAACAUCAUAUCAUCAAUCCGGUAUUCCACAUAGAUCGGGGAAAUAAUUGUUAUCAAAAAGGAUUUUCGGCCUAAAAUGAUGAAUACAUUUUCGCAUGUUCCUACGGGUUUUAGAUUCCAUCCAACAGAUGAAGAACUGGUGGAUUACUACCUCCGCAAGAAAAUAGCCGCAAGAAAGAUUGAUCUUGAUGUUAUCAAAGAUGUUGAUCUUUACAAGAUUGAACCCUGGGAUCUUCAAGAGUUAUGCAAGAUGGGUAGUGAAGAGCAACAUGAUUGGUAUUUCUUCAGCCAUAAAGACAAGAAAUAUCCAAGUGGAACACGCACCAACCGAGCGACCAAAGCAGGAUUCUGGAAAGCAACUGGAAGAGAUAAAGCUAUAUAUGCAAAGCACUGCUUAAUUGGCAUGCGAAAAACUUUGGUUUUCUAUAAAGGUCGAGCCCCAAAUGGCCACAAAUCUGAUUGGAUUAUGCAUGAGUAUCGCCUUCAAACUAAUCAAAAUGGAUCUUCUCAGGAGGAAGGCUGGGUAGUGUGUAGGGUGUUCAAGAAGAGAAUGCCAACAAUUCGCAAGUUAGAUGACUCUCCAUGUUGGUACAAUGAUCAACUCUCUUUCAUGCCUAAUUAUCACCAUACCCAAAAUAGUAAUUUCCAUCACCAUCAAAUGUACCCUUGCAAACAAGAGCUAGAAAUUGUGCCUUACAACAUUUCCCACAAUGACACUUUUCUUCAGUUACCUCAAUUGGAAAGCCCUAAAAUGCCCCAAACUAGCACUACUUGUACAAACUCGAACGUACCAUCAUUAUCGAUUUUCAAUCAAGAACAAAUUUUACAAUCGAUUUAUGAAAAUAAUUGUGGUUCGGAAAAAGAUAUUGAUCAUGUUACAGAUUGGAGAGUGCUUGAUAAAUUUUUAGCUUCUCAAUUUAGCGGAGAUGAAUCUGUACCUUGUCAUCCUAGUAAGGACUCAAAUUACUCGAAUUCUUCGAUGUUUCAUGUGUCCGAGCACAUGAACAUGGUGAUUAGCCCUAAUUCAAGUAAGCAAGAUGUAGGGUGUCCAUUUGAUCAAUAUGCUUCAACAUCUACCUCAACCAGCCAAAUUGAUAUGUGGAAGUAACACCCAGGAAAUAUUGUAUAAUAUAAUUCUAAUUAAUUACCUAAUAAACGUGAAAUUAUACAUAUACAUUUAGAUUAUGAGAUCAUUCUAUAGAAAGUACAAAUACUACUACAAGAGAAAUCUUGGAAAAGUUCCUUGUACAUAAUAAACAACAUGGUAGGGUUAUUGGACUUGCAUUAUGUGAUCAAUCCUUUGUGUUGUUCCGCAAUGUUGACAACUUGAAAGAUUUCCGACUUAAUUAUUAGGAUUUCAGGGUUUAUAUGAUCAAAUAUAUGAUUGUACGUAUUCUUAUUAAAAGUUAACUUACUUUAAAAUCGACAAUUAUAUUAUGUUAUUGU